AUGCCUCGCACGCAAUACGGCAAGCGCGACUCCCUCCGCCUCGAAACAGGACCAGGCGCAUUCGCCAUCUUCUCCUUCCCUCCCCGCGACUCGCCUUCAGCGACUGUGCCCGGCAGCAGGCUCAUAACGAUCCCCUCUGGCAGCACCUGGAAGACCGGGUUGCACUGGCAUGAAGAGUACGAUGAGAGCGUGAGGGUCGUCCAAGGGAGGGCGGCGAUUACUAUCUCCGGCGUGACUCGUUUUUAUGGUCCUGAAGACGGGACCCUAACGUUCCCAAAGUACACCGUCCAUGAGUUCGGAAGAGCGGACAAUUCGGGGGACGCCUUCGAUGAAGGGGAUACGGUGAUCGAGGAGUGGGUUGAUCCUGAGGACGGCUUCAAAGCAGUCUUCUUCUAUAACGUCAUCGGCGCCAUCCUCGAAUCGAACAAUAAGCCAGGCGCCCUGGAUCUGAUCCAGAUCGGCACGACUGUUGCCUACGUCGACGAAUUCCCUGUCUUUGUUCCCGGUCCGUUCUUUCUGAAGUAUGCUGUCACGCAUGCGCUGUUAACCACUGUGUCUUCGAUCGGGUGGCUAAUGGGAUACAAACCGUGGGUGAAAGAAUACACCCCGGAGCAUAUCUGGGAGAUUGCGAGGACUCGUGGGGGACGACAUCGGGGUGUGAAGGUGGAGUAG